GGCGACAGGCGAGGCGCACCUUCCCGCGGCGAGCACGUGACGGCCGCGGAGGCGCGGGGAGGCGGGCCAAGCGACCCGGGGAGGGAGGGAGGCAGGCAGGCAGGCAGCAGCAGCAUCGGCGGCGGCAUCAGGGCCGAAGGAGAGAAGAAAGGGAGGCAGAGAAGGAGGGCAGCGGACGGAGGCGUCGCCUUUAAAUGCUCUCAGCCGGGCGGCGGCGCAAAGGCAGCGCGCGUGGAGCCUCUGGGCGUGGGGGGAAAAGAAGGGCAAGAAAGCGCUCCGAUGCGUCCUGGACCAUGAGCAGCCCAGCCGGCUCCGUCGCCCCGCGGGAUUCCCUCGCCGCCUCGCCGUCUCUCUGAAGCCCCUCUCCGGCUGAUGCUUCCGCCCCUCUCCCUCCGCCAGCAUGUCCCGGCGAAAGAUCUCCUCGGAAUCCUUCAGCUCGCUCGGCUCGGACUACCUGGAGACCAGCCCGGAGGAAGAAGGCGAGUGCCCCAUGGCCAGGCUCCUCUGGAACGGCAGCCGGAGCCCCGCUGCCCAAUCCGGGGCUACCACUCCGGUCGCUACCGUUCCCCCCCCGCCGCCGCCAGAGGCUUUGGCGGCGGCGGGUCUCCCUGGCCCGGUCCCGGCGGGCUCCCGGAGGGCUCCUCGCAGAAGGCGGGUCAACCUCGACUCCCUGGGCGAGAGCAUCAGCCGCCUCGCCGCCCCCACGCCACAGACCAUAAGGCAGACUCUCCAGAGGACACUACAACAUUAUGAGCAUCAAGUUAUUGGUUACAGAGAUGCUGAAAAGAAUUUCCAUAAUAUUUCCAACCGAUGCUCCUAUGCAGACCAUUCUGGCAAUGAUGAAACUGAAGAUGUCUCAGGAAUUCUCCAGCGUACAGCAAAUAUUCUUGGUUUAAAGUUUGAGGAGCUACAAGAGAAAUUCGGGGCCGAAUUCUUCAACAUCUGCUUCAGUGAGAAUGAGAGAGUUCUUCGAGCUGUGGGCAGCACCUUGCAAGAUUUUUUUAACGGCUUCGAUGCUUUGCUGGAGCACAUAAGGACUUCGUUUGGGAGGCAGGUCACUUCAGAAUCUCCUUCUUUCCUAUGCAAAGAGCUCCCUGAAGGCAACCUUAUGCUUCACUACUUCCAUCCCCAUCAGAUUGUUGGGUUUGCCAUGAUGGGUAUGGUGAAGGCAGCAGCAAGGAAGAUCUACCAAUUGGACGUUGAAGUGGAACAGAUAGUAAAUGAUAAGCUAUGUUCUGAGGACCUAAACCCAGGCAACUGCAGCUGUCUCACUUUUAUUAUCAAAGAGCGUGAAAACGCAAAGAUCACAAACGCGCUUCCUCUGGGGACAUCUCAAUCCCCCUCAGAUCUGAGGAUAAGCAUUAACACCUUCUGCCGUGCUUUUCCUUUCCAUCUGAUGUUUGAUCCCAGCAUGUUGGUCCUGCAGCUGGGUGAAGGACUGAGGAAGCAGCUGAAGUGUGAGGUUCAUAAGACGUUGAAGUUCCAGGACUGCUUUGAAAUUGUUUCCCCUAAGAUUGCAGCCGUGUUUGAACGUGUCCUCGUGAGACUGUCCACCCCUUUCGUGAUCCGAACCAAACUUGAAGCCUCUGGCUCUGAAAAUAAAGACAAGGUCAUGGAAAUCAAAGGACAAAUGAUCCAUGUCCCAGAAUCAAACUGUAUUUUGUUUUUGGGCUCACCAUGUGUGGACAAGCUGGACGAACUGAUGGGUCGAGGCCUCCACCUUUCAGACAUACCAAUUCACGAUGCUACCCGUGAUGUCAUCCUUGUCGGGGAGCAGGCUAAAGCCCAGGAUGGCUUGAAGAAGAGGAUGGACAAGCUUAAAGCAACCUUGGAACGAACGCACCAAGCUCUAGAAGAGGAGAAGAAGAAAACGGUGGAUCUUCUUAUCUCGAUCUUCCCAGAAGAAGUAGCUCAGCAGCUCUGGCAAGGGCAGCAAGUUCAAGCCAGAAAAUUUGAUGAUGUUACCAUGCUCUUUUCAGACAUUGUUGGCUUCACUGCUGUCUGUGCCCAGUGUACGCCCAUGCAAGUGAUUAGUAUGCUCAAUGAGCUGUACACCAGAUUUGACCACCAGUGUGGAUUCCUAGAUAUCUAUAAGGUGGAGACAAUAGGGGAUGCAUACUGCGUGGCGGCUGGGCUCCACAGGCAGAACCUGAAUCAUGCAAAGGCAAUUGCCCUCAUGGCCCUGAAGAUGAUGGAGCUGUCAGAGGAGGUGCUCACACCAGAUGGAAGACCAAUUAAGAUGAGAAUAGGGAUUCACUCAGGAUCUGUUCUGGCUGGAGUUGUUGGGGUAAGAAUGCCCAGAUAUUGUCUCUUUGGCAACAAUGUUACCCUAGCAAGCAAGUUUGAGUCAGGAAGCCAUCCACGCCGCAUCAACGUCAGCCCAACGACCUAUCAGCUUCUGAAAAAGGAAGAAAAUUUUAUCUUCAUUCCUCGGUCCCGUGAAGAGCUUCCAGACAACUUUCCAAAGGAAAUCCCUGGGAUUUGUUAUUUCCUGGAGGUCAGAACUGGUCAGAAGCAGCCAAAGUCUUCUGUCGCAUCUGCCAGAGUGAGAAAGAUCUCCUACAACAUUGGCACCAUGUUCCUUCGGGAAACGAGCCUAUGAAGCCUGUUGCAGAUCAAAGACUCAUCAAAAAAGCACAAGCCCAGAACUGGGUCAUGACAAGAGAGAGAGAGGAGAUGCUUUCUUUUUCACUGCAUUGUUCCAAGGAAAGCAGUAAAAGCUGUGUGAAAUGUCAGGCAAUAAUUCUUUUUAAAGGUGGGUGAUUGUUGUCAGUAAACAAACUGGAAAGUGGCAAACAAGGGAGCAGGGAUUCCUUUUCUUUCUUUUCUUUUUUUUUUACAAAAUUCAAAUUAAAAUUAAAAUAUUUCUCUGUUGCCAGAGAUCCUAUUGAUCAUAAAUGUCAGUACGGCGGGGGUUUAUUUGAUUUUGUUUUUAAAAAGGAAUCUAAGUUAAACAACUGCGCUUGUGGAGAUAUCCCAAUAAGUCAGAGGUACCGUGUUUCCCCGAAAAUAAGACAGGGUCUUAUUUUCCUUUGACCCCCCCCAAUAAGUGCUUGGCCUUAU